ACCGCCAAUAUGUGGGUGGGGGCAAAGGGUGUGGAAAAGCCCUUUAUAUACAGAGCUUUGACAGCAGCAUCUACAUUCGGCAGCAUUUGUUGGGAUUGUGUUUUGCUGAUUACAAACGUCGUAUAUUGUUCUGCAUUUGGAUAUUCAAGAAGUUCCAAUUUAAAGGAAAUGGAGACCGUUCACGAGUUCGUCCCGUUCGCCAAAGAAAUUCUGAGCCAGAAGCCCAACCGAGGUCUGGUGAAGGUGUUCCUGCUCGGCUCAGUCCUGGCUCUCUUCGGAGUGGCGGCCGGGGUGCUGGAGACUGUCUGCCAGCCUUUUUGUGUCCAAGACCCAGCGGAUGAAGGUCUAGUGCAGCUGUCAGCCCUGGAACGACGGAUGACUGAGCUAGAAAUCGUGAGUCGGAGGGCGGAGGCAGCAGCGGCGCUGGAUGAGGAGAACGAGCAUAAAGCCAAGCAUCAGGCGGCCAACGGGCGCAGGAACUCCGCCAACCGCCUGCAUGCGUCCUAAAGACUUGUUGCACUGUUGUCUUCAAAAACGCGGUUCAUGGCAUGUAAAGACCAGCAACAAUGGGCUGUGUUGUACUGACAUACGGAGGUUCCGAAACAGAUUGUAUUUGAUGCCUGGGAAAUAAUAGAAAGAAGGAAUGUAUCUUAGAAAACAUUAAUUGCUUGCUGCUGUGCAGCAUAUAUUUUGAUAUAUUUUCUAAUGCAAUGUCUGCUGGUGUUUCCAGAGGAGACGGUGGAAGCUGAAAGUGAAGAACGAUUGUUUACGCAGGUUUUAUUUAUCAGUGGGUCUGUGAGGGCGAGAAAGAGAAAAUGUAACAAGAGACGGGGGUUUGUCUUCAAAACUGACGAGGAGAUGGAUUUAAAAUGCUUUAUUUGCACAUUUUUUCAUCUUAUUAAAAAACGUUUAUUUUU